AUGUUGCUAUACUUCACCCUGUCUAAUAUACCUUUUGUCUUUCUUCUCUCUCAGUCGCUCUUUACACUUACUAUUCUCUCUUUUACUUCGACUCCUUCUGUUUUUUUCUCUCCCUGUUCUUCUAUUUCAAUCUUCCCAGCAUCUUUAUCUCUCUAUCUCAAUCAAUUACACAUUUAUUCUGUCUCUCUUCAAAUCCCCUUUUCUCCCUGUAUCACACCCACUCGCAAUAUUCGUUUCUUUGCAUCUUUCUCUCGAGAAUUUACACACACUUUUUCUCUCACUUAUUUUUCGUCUUGCACUUCCAAUGACCUUCUUUGUCUCUCCCUCUCUCACCAUACCUCUCCCAUUCACUCUUUCUCUCUUAUAAUUCUCUCUCUUUCUAUCAUUUCCUCUCUUCCCUCUUCACACGCGAACGCACAUAUGAUAUUUGUCUCUUCAUAUCUAUCUAUCUAUCUAUCUAUCUAUCUAUCUAUCUAUCUAUCUAUCUUCAUUUCUAUCGAUAUAUCUCUAUGUAUCUAUUUAGUGUCUCUUCAUAUCUAUCUAUCUAUCUAUCUAUCUAUCUAUCUAUCUAUCUAUCUAGUGUCUCUUCAUAUCUAUCUAUCUAUCUAA